GACUGACCACAGACACACUGAUGGACAGACUGACCACAGACAUACUGAUAGACAGACUGACCACAGACACACUGAUUAAGACAACAGACACACUGAUAGACAGACUGACCACAGACACACUGAUGGACAGACUGACCACAGACACACUGAUGAAGACAACAGACACACUGAUGGACAGACUGACCACAGACAUACUGAUCAACAGACCGACUACAGACAGACUGAUGAAGACCACAGACAGACUGAUAAGGACCACAGACAGACUGACACUGACCAGGACAGACAGACGGAGGGUCGUAGCUCUCUCUCUCUCUCUCUCUCCUGCGGGAUCAUCUCAAUCACAAACCCUCCUGUAUCUCUCUGCUCUGCGUCUCUGUGUCCAGUGCUCCCUACACAACAGACAUGGAGUCAUCUGCCGCUGUCAUCCUUGCUGUGGUGUCACUCCUGAGGAUCUGUAACGGCCACUCCCCCUCACCCGAGAGCAAGGCUGCUAUUGGCUGUAGCAAAGCAUCCACCAACCUGAUUGGCUGCAGCAAGGUCCAGAGGUGUGGCCUAGACUCCCUGGCUAGCCUUAGCACCUGCCCUGCGUUGUUGUUUUAGGAGCUGUGGAACGGGUGGUGGAGGUGUUCCAUGUUCUAGUGCAGAACCUACAGAACCCACCGUGCUCCAGAAGAACUACCAGGCCAUGUUGAGGUGGCUUCGUGUGUCUGCAGAGUCUUCCUCACUGGCUGAUCUGGUCAAUGAAGACCUCCUUCCCGUGCUAAAGAAGCGUGUGUGUGAUGUGCGUUGGGAGGUUCUAGACUCCACUCUAGAGUUCCUCGGCCAGCUGUGUGAGGCGUUAAGCUGCACGGUCACUCCUAUCCUGCUGGAGGCGCUGUGUGAUCAGGAGAGCUAUGUGAGGGCUAGUGCCAUCUCUGCCCUGGCCAGGACUCUACCACUCAGUGACCAGCAGGGGGAGCCAGGGAACCAGACACAGGAGCAGACCCUGGGUCAGUUACUACACUUCCUGUCUCAGGAUUCAGAGGGCUUCCCCAGACGUGCUGUGGUCCAGUUCUUCAUCAACUGGCUAAAGACACACCCAUCAUCCUCUUCUUCCUCCUCCUCCUCGCUGCGUUCUGUCCUAUCGCUGGGCAGCACUGAUCUGGACUGGGAGGUCAAAGUUCACACCCUGGAACUGGUUGAGCUCCUGAUGGAGGAAACACUUCCAGGUCACCAGGAGUCAGAGCUGGGGUCAGCUCCUCCCCCUUACGGUGGCUCUGGAGGGACAAACCUACUAACACACACUGACCUCACACACACCCUACGCUGUGACGCCAAGCCAGCCCUCACCCCUUCUAACACACACCACAACUGACACGCACACACCCCCAACACACACAUCUGUAGUGUGUGGUCUGUAUCGGUUGGCGGAGCGAGGUGUUGUAACAGACCUGUAGCUUUAAAAGCCUGUAGCCUGUUGCUACGACUACGAGACGUGGUGUGUGUGUCCCGGUCGCUAGGGAAAGCUGCUAUGACAACUGACGACGCCACAGCUACCGUUGCCAAGGUGACUUUUGACCUGAGGGGUCAGGUUUGGGAGCGGGCGGUCACGAGGAAGUUACUGGAGAAGAUAGGAUCUGGUUGGGUUAAAGAGUCCAGGAAAGUGAAUUGUGAUAGGCUGAACAGGACCAGAGUUUCUGAUAGGACAGACAGGGCUGGUUCUGAAGCCUGCGAUAGGUUGACAGGGAAGAGUGUGUGUGAGGUGCUGUGGUCGUUGGGUCUAGAGGAGAGACAGAGUGUGUUAUCACUGAGCAGUGACCAUGUCCGGAACUCACCCCUCUCUCUACUGGAGGACAUCCUGAACCCUACACACACCUCACUCACUGACGAGGUUAUAGUAGACUGUUACUGACCCACACACAUCACAAACACCACACACCUUGUUAUGGAAUAACAGCGUUUUAUUUGUGAUUGCUGUUUCUCCUCUGUACGAUGACUAGUGAGUACUGUAGUUAGAGUUCCAUUGGGACAUAACUCUUCAUCAUCCACCUACCAGGAAAAGAAAUAAAGAUACUGUUUUGAUAUUUCAAA